GAAUUUUUCAUACUUUUAGCAUGUGUUAUAGCCGAGUUAGAAGCUUGACCGAAAAAGGGAAUGUUUAUUCCAGAUCGGGUACACCGGUAGUUGAUGUAGAUUAGUUUAACAUUGUAUUCCUAUCUCCUAACCUAUCGACAGACCUUCCCCAGACAUUCAUAAAUUCAGCAAUCCCGUAAACGUAUAAGCGGAGAAGGUGACAAGUGUAGCAGUCUGUGAGAGUAGCAAGAUGCGAGCGUAGCAGUUCGUGAGCGGACAGACGCAGAAUGGCGUAAGCGGAUCUGUUGGCGAGGCGGUGCUGUUUGCGAGCGGCGCAGGCAAUGCUAUAGGCAGGCGACGCUGUCAGCCAGCGACUCAAAUGGUUCUGUAUGUGAGCGAUGUUGUCAGCAAGCGGCGCAGGUGCCUAGCAGACAGGGCAGUCAGCGUAGCAUGCCCUAAGCCGCACUGUUGCAGGCAGAGCAACCGCGAACAGAGUAGGCCACCACCGGAGCAGGCGAAGAGCGUGAAUACAACCUCUGAACGGUCAUUACUGCAUGUUUUUCCCCUCCUGUUCUUGAAUCAACUAUUUAAUGGAGCUAAUAUUUCUACUUAUGCUUUCGUAACCAUAAUGAAAGAAGAAGCUAAGGAUGGAAGGCACUUUACAAGGGAAAUGGACCAGGUCUCUUUCAGAUUAGAAGUUUCUAUCUUUUUGCUAUUUUUCAUUUUGUUAUGUAUUUUUCCAUAGAUGUGCUUCCUUUAUUCAUGGUAUUUUUUGUAAAUAAAAGUGUUACUCUCCUGUAUCCAUAUUUGUUCAUCAAUACUUAUAUUGAGUGUGGUCCAGUUCACUUAUGUUAUUUUUACUUUUAUUUGUGGAGCACAUAGCCGUAUACCAUAACUCAUAAUAAGUAAUUAUGUUCUAAAUUGUAGUAUUGAAUGCAAGUUGGGAGUUAUGAAUGUGGAUUAUGUUUCGUGGAUUAUGAAUGUGGAUUAUGUAUCGAAUGUAAUAUGUUAAAUAUUGUUUCGGCAGUUUUUCUUGAAAUGUGGGAUUAUUUUAUUUACAUUCAAUUGGAUUUGCUCCAUGUAAUGUUUUCUAAUAACCUUUUUAUUGAAUUUGUAGCAAUUCGUUCGCCGAUCCUGAACCAUUCUCAUGAGAAGAUAUUGAUGAAGUACGAACUCGUUGGGCAUCAUAUUUCUUAGAAAUGGCGCAUUCCAUGAAACACACAUGAUGAACGUAUUUUUUUAUGUUAUUGAUCGAUUAUGAGACUUGUAACUUUAGACAAUGUAUUAUUACUCUAGACUUGUGCAAGGAUUGUUUUAUUUUAACUUAUUAUUAUGUACUAAGUUGUUACUUAUGCUUGUUUUACAUUUGUGCAAGAAUCGAAAAAUAGUUUGUGUUAAUGUGUUAGAUUGAUUAAUUGAACCGGUGCAGAAUUGUGC